AUGGAGGAAGAAACUACUAUUACUGGGACCGAGACUCCAGAGACUGCUGUUGGUUUGGAAGAGGAAGUUGGCAAUAGAAUAGAAAAUGAAGCCACUAAUGAAGAGGUACAUGGGGAAGGUAUUGAGGACGUGCCUGGAGAACAUUUCGGUGAAGAGGUUGGUGGAGAACAUAUAGAAGGGGAAACGGUAGAAGGUGAAGGCGAACAUAAAGAGCAAGUUCUAGGAGAAGGAGAGGAGUUGAUGGGCGAAGCGUUAGAAGGUGAACAAGGAGAGGAGAAGGUAGAAGGUGAAGAAAAGCAAGAAGAACAACCAGUGAAAGAGGAGCAAGUCGAAGAAGAGGAAGCAUAUGUUGAGGAACCACCUCCAGACCCAGCUGCGCCGUAUGAUUUAUCAGAUUCCAAAGAAGCAUUAAAAACUCCAUUUCAAUUAAGGCCCGAUCAACUGGCUGAAGUUGAACAACUUUGGGAGUUUUAUCAAAAUUACACACCAGCGUAUACUGAUAUAAACGGUUAUAUAACAGAAAAAGAAUUGGUAUAUAUGUUAAAAUGUCUUCUAGUUAUGACUUAUACUGAAGAACAGUUGCAUCAGUUAAUUGCUUUUUGUGUAAGACCACCUCACCCUGAAGGACAUAUAACUUACGAGCAAUUUUUAAAAAUGGUGAUCUUACGGCAACGAGAUUUUCCGGCUGAAGAGGAAUUGCGCUCGGCCCUGCAAGUUUUUGAUCCUGGCAGAACAGGCACUGUUGAUCGUGAAUAUUUAAAGGAAGUUCUUGCCAAACAAGGACAUAAAUUGCCCCAAAAACUGGUGGAUAAUUUAAUUAAAGAAGUCGACAUAACUAAUGACGGAACUAUAGGCGUUGAGGAUGUUGUCGGUACAAUGUGCAUUGAUCUUAAUACCGACGAUAUAAUGAUGCUUAGAGCAGCAGUUUACACCGAGGAAGACCAGCAGUAA